AUGGCCGCCAUUUCAAGUGCGGGGAAAUUUGUAUCACAUUAUAUUUGUAAUAAAACUUGAUAUAUGGAACUGUAGGUGUACUCCAAAGAUGUGUUACCACCAGCACUUAGAUAGUUGUGUUUCUUUAGUACAGAAACAAAUUAUCGGAUUUCUAUCAAUGAAGAAAAUGGUAUUUUAAACCUGAGGCUUUGUGUUGUCUGUGAUCUUUGGAUAUCAGUUUGCAAAAUGAGCAAAGAGGCACAAAAUGUCCCAAUAGUUACCCUUGCUGGUGUUGCUAAUAUUGGUGAUUUUUUGUCAGAGCUGCCUUUGCCAAAGAAGACAAAGAAAGAAGCUAUCAGUUUAUUUCCCAACAACAAAACCAGUUCAGAUGCUUGGAAAAUUAUCUCAAAGCAUGACAUGACACUGGCUACGCAGCUGGCUAAUGCCCUUAAUCAAGUUAACACAGAUCACUUAAAACUAAAAGAUAGUGUUGCAGAUAAUGCAAAGGAUGUUGCAAGAAAUACUGAUCCAAAAUUGAUGAAAUUGUUGUCCCAGCAUAUUUCUUAUCUGUUUAAGUCUAGAGGUCAGCCUCACCAGCAGUCUGAUUUUUCUAUAAAUUCUAUGAUGGGAAAUACUGGAAGAACUUCAAUGAUGAAUGGCCAAGCUGGGUUACACGAACAACAAGUAGCCUCAUCACAACAAGGUCAGAGUUACUACUCCCAGAUGAAUACCCCUAUACAUGAUCUUUCACCAUUAAAAACAAGAAGUAUGAGGACAAAUUCAGCAACACCAUCUAAUCCAAGAAACCAGAAUUAUGAAUCAAUGCAAGAUGCUCACUCUAGUGUAAGCAGACAUAAACAUGCAAAACCAAAUCAAGAGUUUUCUCCACUAAAGACAAGAGGGAUGAGAACAGACUUGCACAAUAGCAGUAGACAACUGCAUGGGGCUACACCUGGUUGGCCUGCAAUGGCCAAUGAAUACGACAAUUCAAAUCAAUCAAACAUUCCAAGAAAUUUAAACAGUUUACAAGCAUUUAAUGAUAGUUUCACAGAUUCAAAUAAACAGGCAGAAUUAGCAAGAAAUGGAUACAUCACUUCCAGUCGAGAUAAACUUGAAUCACCACGAGCUGAAUUUUCAAAUCUUAGCAGCAAUGUUUCUGAUGAAAGACAUUCUCAUGCUUCUAAGAAACACAAAAAAUCGAAGAAACAUAAAUUAAACGAGGGUGAUGAUGAAUAUAUGGAUGGUGGUAUUCAAGUUCAGCCGAAUGCUCUUGCAACUGAGAAUGUUUCGGUAGUUGAUUCAAGCGAGAAUUUCUUUAGAAGAAAUGAGAAACAAUUAAUACCAAAAAUAAUUUUAUCAAGAAACGCAGCAGAUUCGAAUAAAUUCAUCGUGAAGGAGAAUGCAACAAAUUCAGAGAACAGUCUAAAAAGAAGAAGGUUGACCUCGGAGGAUAGUGGUCAGAAUUUACCAGAUAACAAACGAUCGAAAAAUGAGAUUGGAGUUAAUGAUGAACUCCCAGUCCUAAUCCCGUCAAUUCCUAUUAAGCUUGAUAGGCGGUUAUCAGCUCGUUCAGUGGAUGUCUAUGAUUAUCGACAAUCAACUUCAUUCAAAAGAUUCGCUGAAAACAUGGAAAAUAUGUUUGACUUUGACGAUGAAUGUGAUAUUAGCAGCUCAAUUGAUAAUGAAUCGCAAGAAGUCGAUGCAGAAUUCCUUCUUACCAGAACCGCACUUUUAGAUAUGUGCACCGAAACUGCCAAACUAAAGUCAAUGAACGUUCUUUCAAAGGUUGACGAGAAUGAUUUAUCAAGAUUGAUUAUAAUAAUGAAAAGGCAUAUUAAAGACGGUAUUAAACUACAGUUAGCAUCUGGUCAGGAUGACGACGAGGAACAAAAGAUGUGGAAGGGUUUUUAUAUGGAGCGUAUUUUACGUUCAUUUGAUGCGGCGUUAUUGGUUCUACACAUCAUGACCGCCCCAGGAAUGCCUAAGAAAGUCUACAUAGAAGAAAUUAUCGAAAUGAUUGUAUCUUUAAUCAGAUACAAUCUACAACAUAAUAUAUUUCCCGAAUAUGAUCCAUUAUAUAAGGUUGAGCCUGACUCUAAAGACUCUGGAUUGAUUUCAACCAAAGCAAAACGAGCAAGAUCUGCAAAUAAAGGAAAAAUAUUUGUCGAACUGUAUAAUAAGAUCUGUACUGCUGUGUCGCUUUUGGGAGAUUUAAUGGACAUUGAGAGACUGACGGAUACUAUUGUGUUACAGGUGUCCAGUGUUGGAACGACACCAUUCUUUGUGGAAAACGUCAGCGAAUUGCAGCACAGUGCUCUUAAACUUGUUAGAACGACAUUUCAAAAAUAUCUAAAGCACAGAGAGCUCAUUUUAGAAGAUAUUUUCGCCUCACUGGCAAGAUUACCAUCAAGUAAAAGAAACUUACGAAGCUAUCGUAUUCAAGGAGAUGACUAUAUUCAGAUGGUGACAGCGUUAGUUCUGCAAUUGAUUCAAUGUUCAGUAAAAAUCAAAGAAAAGCCAUCAGUAAUCGAGGAAGAGGAGGCUUCACCUGAAGUACUCAAAAUGGACAGAGAACUUGAGAUUAUUGGGUCGUAUGAAAACGCUUUACGCACAGCUCAGAAUUUCUUGUCUAUGUUUUUAAACAAAUGUAACACCGUUGGUAAAGACGAGGAAGACUACCGCCCCUUGUUUGAAAAUUUCUUGCAAGAUUUGUUAGUUACUCUGAACAAGAAUGACUGGCCUGCCUCCGAAGUGUUGCUGACAUUGCUGGGUAGACUUCUUGUGGUGACAUUUGGCAAUCGUUCUAAUGAUAUGGGCUUGCGUGUCGCGUCUUUGGACUAUCUUGGUGUUGUGGCUGCACAUCUUCGUCGAAAUUCGAUGUUAAAUAAAGAACAAGAACAAGAAGAUCUCUUGGCAAUCAUAUCUGAGAUUACAGGCGACGAAGUUGCAGAACACGACGAAAUCGUUGAAUUGGAGGAAGCUGGUUUCAAAAUUGAGCAGAAGCUACAGAAAUAUUUGUUAAAAUAUUUCCACGUGAAAGGGAAAAAUGACCCUACAUUAUUGCUUGCCAAGCAGUUUUACUUAUGUCAGUGGAUACGCGAUAAUCAAACAGAAUUGGAGAAAGCAUACAAAGCUACAGUUCCAAAUGGAAACGAUAAUGAUUUACAGCCGACCAACAUUGGAGGUGACGAUGUUACGUCUUUAGAGGCCAAAAAAGCAUUUCUCUUUUCGCUUGUUGAUGAAGAUUGGCCACAGCUCAGAAUUCCAAAUGGUUUUCUGGAUUAUGAGAGAGCUAAUUUGGUAGCUAAAUAUCUGACAUCCAAGCGAUCAUUCCUCAAAAGUUUCGAUGUUUAUCUUCAACAGAUCCUAAGAGUUCUUAACGAGACAGCAGUAGCUGUAAGAACGAAGGCGAUGAAAGCUUUAUCGUCAAUAGUUGCUGUGGAUCCAAGUAUCUUAGCAAGGGAAGACAUGCAGAAAGGAGUUCAUGGAAGAUUUAUGGAUCAAUCCACUAGUGUCCGUGAGGCCGCUGUUGAGUUAGUUGGUCGAUUUAUUUUAAAUAAACCAGAGUUGACUCAUCAGUAUUAUGAAAUGAUCAUGGAAAGAAUUUUGGAUACGGGUGUUAGUGUACGAAAGAGGGUGAUAAAGAUUUUGAAGGACAUUUGUAUUGCUCAACCCGACUUUCCUAAAAUAACGGAGAUAUGCGUGAAGAUGAUCCGUAGAAUACGAGAUGCAGAUGGGAUAAAGGAACUUAUAACUAAAGUAUUUCAACAAAUGUGGUUCAUUCCUUUGGAAAAAGGCAAGAUGCAGCAAGAUGAUAUUCUGUUAAAACGCGCAACAAAUAUUGCUGACGUGGUUACAGCAUUUGGAGAAUCUGGAUGCGAAUGGUUACAGGAACUACUUGAAAAUUUAAUAAAGAACGACGAUGAGUCGGAUCAUUUGACAGCUGGGGCGAAGCAAGUUCUUGAAUCAUGUUCACAAAUUGUUGACUGUUUAGUAGACAGGCUGUUAACUAUUGAAGAAAACGUUGUUGAGCAAUCAGGUGGAAAAGCUUCAAAUAGUCGUCGUUUAAUUGGGUGUUUGACAACAUUAUACUUGAUGAGUAAAUUCCAACCGUCAAUGUUAGUUCGUCACGCGGCUACACUACAGCCAUACCUCAGCACAAAAUGCAACACGCAAGGUGAUCAUCUUAUUCUCCAUUAUGUUGCUCGUAUAUUGGAACUAGUGAUUCCUCUUAUAGAACAUCCAGGUGAAGCAUUCUUAGCAAGUAUGGAAGAAGAUCUAAUGAUGUUAAUUCUUAAACAAGGACAGACGGUUGUUCAAAGUUGUAUAGCUUGUCUCGCUGCUAUUGUGAACAAAGUGACACAUAAUCAUAAACUGGUGAAAGAUUGUUUCCAAAGAUAUUUUGCAACUUUAAUCCGCGCAAGGAAUGAAUUAAUUCAGAAUCAAUCAUCGACAAUACUGAAAUCUGACCGUCCAUUGUUGAAAAGAUCUCUGUUUACAUUAGGCCUUCUUUGUAAACAUUUUGAUUCAGAGAAUGACCUGAAGUCUCAGACCAAUCAGGAUUCCAUUUCGCGUCAAGUCUACACCAUUCUCAUUUUCUUUGCCAAAAACAACGAUGAAGAGAUUUCUCAGAAGGCAAUUAUUGGUCUUGGUUUUCUUUUUAUCCGUUACCCUAAGUUUCUCCUGGAAGACGGUGCUCGGGAUUUAUAUCAGAGAAUUUUAUCACCAACGCAUCCGUCCUUAAGAUUGAAACUGCAGGUUUUAAAAAAUGUUCAACAACAUUUGGUUGAAGAAGAGAAUGCAAUGACCGUGCGAGAUUCAAGCUGGAAAGAGAAAGCAAACAAAGAAAAUCUAAAGGAACUUGGGGAUAGUUACUCUGGAACAAUCAGUGAGAUCAUGCAGCUGUAUUUAAAACAAAUGCUGGAAACGUUUUUGCACCCUCAAUCCAUGAUCAGACUGUCAGCUCUCACUGUUGUGGAUAUGAUAUUGAGACAGGGAUUAGUGCAUCCAGUUCAGUGUGUAUCGUACCUUAUUGCUAUUGGUACGGAUAGCGAACAAGGUGUGAGAACAAAAGCAGCACAAAGAUUGGAGGAAAUUGACAGUAAAUAUCCUGGAUUUGUACAGAUGAAAGCAAUUGCGGGAGUUAAAAUGGCCUUUGACUUGCAAAAAAUUCUUCAUAAGGACGAACCGUUUGUAAGAGGUUUUCGCGAAGAAAGCACGAGUCAUCUUAGCCACCUUUACCUCAUCCUUCGUUCAAAUCGUCAACACAGGCGUUCUUUCUUGUUAUCAUUACUGAGAAUGAUUGAUGAUGAAAAAAAAACUGGUCUGAAUGUGUUACUCUUUAUCGUGGAUAGUAUGGCUUAUUUCCCGUUUUCUACAUUAGAAGAGCCGUUAUUUAUCAUACACAAUAUUGAUUCAAGGUUGUCAUUUACUGGAAUGAAUAUACUACAGUCAUUUCAACAGGCCCUCACACCAGUUGCUACAGAGAAUGGUGAAGUAAGUGACGACGUGGAGGAAAAUGCUGAAAAAAUUUUAGAACGAUUACCAACCGAUCUUAAACAACUCGAAGACUGCUGGAAAUUAUGGCAAAACUGCAUGCUCUUGCUUCACUUGCGACAGCAUCUGAAAGAAACGUACAGUUUAAACGACAGCAAGUGUCGGAAAUAUUCACCUUCAGAACCAAGUAAAACAUACGACAAAGGGAUAACGAGAAAGCCCGGUGUUAAAUUUUAUCCUGACCAACCAAUCUCGUGUCUUGAAGCAGGAUGCAUCUUGCCGUCCAGGGAGGAAAUCGUUGAUCAAUAUUUGGAGUUUAAAAUGAUGAUAAUGAAUUUGGACAAAUCAGAAGAUGACAGUGAUCAUGAUUCCACAGGGCGAGACAGUCCACCUGCUGAUGCUAGUGGUGAAAACUGUCAGGAAUCUGGUCAAAACAGAGAAAAACGGCCAGCAAAAAGUCGUAAAACUCCUGGUAGAAAAACGCCAUCGAGCAGCAAAGCGAGACCGAAGCCCAGAUCUAAGAAAAAACGCAAAAAAAUGACGUUCGAUGCCAGUGAUGUUUCCGACAAUGAAUUCACUUCAGAAGAUAUGACAUACGUUCCAAGAUAACUUGUUCAUCGUUUCAAUUUUCAUGAUUCAUAAAGUGUAAAUAUAUCAAAUACUUUAUUUUGUUUUGUUAAUAUUUAUACAUUUAGUUGUACAAAGGCGAUAUUUUAUUGUAAAUACUGUUACGUAUGAUCCAAAUAUGUUCUAUAUAUACCCUGGUGCUGCACUUUUUGAUUUUAACUCGUUGUUUUUAACUUUAUUCAUAAAUUGAUUACAAGGUGCACCGGGAACUAUAUUUUUAUGUGUUAAAACCAAUGUUGAAUUAAAGUUUGAAUAAAAUUUUGAGCAU